UUGAAUUUGGGAGCGGGGUGUCUGGUCGUUUCCCUUUCUCAUCCCUUCGCAUUUGGAUAAGGCAGAGAGAGAGAGAGCUCGAGCGGUGGAAGAAGGGGAGGCGAUUGCUUGCGUUCAUGGCGAUUUCGAGCUCAUCCACCGCAGGCUGCUCUGGCGGAAGAGGGGGAGGCGAUUUCUCCCUCUUCUUCUCUUGGUCCGCGGGCUGCUCUGCUAGUAGAUCAAUGGGCAGACUACGGAAAGUCUCGGCCAAGGAUGUUCCGCAAGUUUCUUCAGUUGAGAGUCAGGAUUCUUCAAAAGAUCCUUCUGUGCCUAAUGAUUUCGCUGAUGAGGAUGUUAUGUCUUUGGAUUUCUCUGCUGAUGAUGAAGAGUUUGAUAAAGCACUUUACAAUUUCUAUGUGACUAAUAAAGUCAAGCAGCUCAAGAGGAAAUUAUCAUCUGUUGGUAGAAGGAAUGUUAGGCAGAAACAAUUGUCUGAUUUUCCUGUGUGUUCAACAUUCACUAGAUAUUCUGGAAAGUUCUUCUCAGGAGUUGUUGAUGGCAUGUGUCCUAGUUGAAAAGGAAAUCCAUCCCCUUAACUAAGUAUGAUAUCCAUGACAUCCUUGACCUCCCAGUAGAUGAUGAAGAAAUUUCCUCCCCUGAUUUGUUCAUGUGAGAGGUGAAGAGAGAAGUUGGCGAGCAGUUGGGACUGUUUUUGCUGACCUGUGGAUCAUGAUGCCGAUUUCCCUCUGAUGUCCUUCUUUCUUGCUGCUCGUCAGGCGAGAUCUGUCCAGUGGUUUGCGGGAGGGUUUUGGUUGCAAGCUGGGCACAUGCUGUGUCCUGUGUGACCCUGAAGAUCAAGAGAGGGGUAGGUCGCCGAUUUUUCUGGAGCGGUUUGUUGUCCAGGGUUACCGGGUCAGCUACUUUCUCUGACCCGUUUUGACGUCCUUUAUGUCUGUCAGCUGUUUUUGUGACUGUACAGGUGUCAUAUGUUCAUUUGUCAGGAUUUUUGAAUGUUCUCAAAUUGUAAAACAGUCAAAUAUCAAAUAGACAGUCCCAAAAAUUACCACCA